AUGGGUUUCUUCAGCACCACGGCCAGCUACUUCGCCUUUUCCGCCCUGCACCUCGUCUGCUUUGCCUUGGCGCUCGCGGUUUGCGGGCUGUAUGGCCAAGAUCUCAACAACGCCCGCAAGCAGCACAAAUAUGCAGACUCCAAAUGGGUUUACGCCGUCGUUGUCGGAGCGCUGUCCGCUGUGACUUGCGUAGUCUACUUUAUUCCUGCCAUGUUCCGUCAUUCCGGCGUCGUGGGAGCUAGCUGGAACUUUAUCCUCUUCAUUCUCUGGAUCGCCUUGUUUGGUGUUUUCGGUUCGAUGUACAUUCAUGAAAACCCCGAGGGCGACAGUGGUGUUCAGCGGAUGAAGAAUGCCGUCUGGGUCGAUUUUGUGAGCGCCCUUCUGUGGUUGUUUUCCUCGGCGGCUGCCUUGGUCUACUGGUGGAAGCAUCGCGAUACCCGCUCGCUGUUCACCGGACGCGCACGUGUUUAG